CUGUCCUGUCGUUUUGAAGUCUGAUGUUUACGAUUGGAUUUUAAGCAAUGUACACUUAAAUUUAAAAAGUUUAUCACUAUCAUGUCGGCUCUUCAAAAGGAAAUUUUGAAGAAUAAGUUACCGCCUAUGUAUUCAGGAUCUACCGGGUUGGCAGCUCGAAAAAUAAAUCGCAGACGUGAUUAUACACCUGUUUCAUGGGACAAAUAUUUUGAUACGUAUCGUGAUGUAAAAAUCUCAGAUGGAAGUACGUUCCGUGUCUACCUGAAGGGUAGUUCUGGACCCUUGCUUUUGUUGUUGCAUGGUGGGGGCUACAGUGGACUAACAUGGGCUCUUCUAUCGACAAGUAUCCAUCAGUUAGUUGAAUGCCAAAUUGCUGCUUUAGAUUUAAGAGGACAUGGGGAGACACACUCUUCCAAUGAUGAGGAUCUGUCUGCCAUCAGAUUAUCAAGUGAUGUUGGAGAGGUUUUCAACACUUUAUAUGGGGAUGAAGAUCAGCCAUCUGUGAUUUUGAUUGGACAUAGCAUGGGUGGUGCUGUUGCUGUUCAUACUGUAUAUAGAGAUUUAAUACCUUCUGCAAUAGGUUUAGUUGUGAUUGAUGUAGUGGAAGGAACAGCAAUGGAUGCGUUACAAAGUAUGCAGAGUUUUUUGCGUAGUCGUCCCCCAUCAUUUUUCAAUCUCCAAACAGCUAUUGAAUGGUGUGUGCGUAGUGGGCAAGUUAGGAAUGUUGAAUCGGCUAAAGUAUCCAUGCCUGGACAGCUGAAGAACUCUGCAACUGAUGAACCUGCUACAAAGGACAUUCAUCUUCAAAAUUCCAGUGAACAAGCUAACAUUGAUGUUUUAGCUCCAAGACAAGUUGCCCCUUCUGACAGCAUUUUAGAAGAAGGUGAAGAAGAUGACGAGCACAAAUCACCUGCAACUUCUCAAACUGCUUUUAAAGUUCCCAAUAGCCCUCCUUCUCUUACCCCCAAAUAUGUCUGGAGAAUAGAGUUAUCAAAGACAGAAAAAUUUUGGUCAGGUUGGUUUGAAGGACUAUCAAACAUGUUCUUAUCAACUUCUAUCCCCAAAUUGCUACUUUUAGCAGGUGUUGACAGACUUGACAAAGAUUUAACAAUCGGACAAAUGCAAGGUAAAUUUCAAAUGCAAGUUCUGCCACAGUGUGGUCAUGCUGUGCAUGAAGAUGAUCCUGAUAAGGUCGCUGAAGCAAUAGCUACAUUUCUUGUAAGAAACAAAUUUACAUCUGCAACCUGUGAUUUUCAAAGGCCAUAUUGUGCUUGUUGAUCUGAACACACUUACAUUGGAUGAGAAUUAAAAAGAGAGCAAAGAUAUCAAGAGAAGUGUAUUUAAUUUUAGAAGAGUUUCAUUUCUUAAUAUAUAUAAACUGUGAUUUUGUUCAUAAUAAAAGUUUCAUGGUAUGCUUUGUAUAGAAAACAUUGUUUUUUGUACAAAAAUAUUUUGAAAUGUUUGAUAAUAUGUGCUACAAUUAACAUACGUUAUGUAAAAUCAAGAAAAAUGCUGGUGAAUGUACUUGAAUCAUUGUAUAUAAAUAAAGUUUU